AGCUGGGCCUGAGAUGGUGCAUCUCUUCGUUCAGGCUGAGCCUCAGUUGUUUAUUUUCUAAGAGUUGCCUAUGUGCCCAUUGUGGUUGUAUUUCUUAAUAUGAUACCAAUUAGAUAACAAUGUGAAUUGACAAAUUUGUCGCCAUAUGGCGAAGAAUUUCUUGCAAUUUGUGGAGAUCUAAUACUACUGUGAAUGACACACGAAUGAAAGGAGCGCGCGCUGACUGACGGCAGAGUACUCUCUAGAAUUAGCCUAGCUAGCUAAAAGGCUAGCUAUACAUUUUGCAGGAAGAAGUUUUUCAUAGCACGACUGACUUGAAGGUAGAGUUCAUAUUUUAUGUCACAUGCAUUUCCUAAGUGUGUUUGCAUUUGCGUCGUAGUGUUUUGUCUGAAAUAAAACAGCUGUGAGUGAGUUGAAAAUUACUGAUAGCCCCCUUAGCUAAUCAGGUAAACAAGUUUGUUUUCUUCCUAUUGCGUGAAGCAACGACAGCUAGCUAGUUAGCAAGGAAGGUAGCUAACUUACCUAAACAUCAAAAGGCUUUUCUAUGUUUUUACUUUGGGGGGGGUUUGGUUUGCAUUAAAGUAUUGAAGAAACGUUGCUGAAAACGUAGCUGCAUGUCCUCUUUACUGCAGACCUACUGGAUAAAGAUGGAUAACGUUAGUAUGUUUCGCAUGGGAAUGAGCGACCAAGCCAACUGUUCUCUUUCCAGUCAUUUCCAUUUGCACGUUAGGCUAGAACCAGCAGUUCCGAGCAACACAGUUGUGCUAACUUAACGUUAUUGCACGGCGAUUUCAGUUAGAAAUAGAGAAGUAGAUGAUCUUUUCCCAUGAAUAAAGUUGUUUUGAAAAAUUAAAUGUUUGUUUGAGUAGAGUUGGGUUGUCACUGUAUUGUGCACAGUCGGCAGCGGAAGUGGAGUUUGUUAUGAUGCCUAACAUUACCAUGCUGGUCAUGGUUUACUACGGAUUGAUCAGGUGCAAUGUAUGUAGAGGGGUCUAUUUUUACAGUUAAUCAGUAAUUAAAUACAAGACGGUCAUGGAACUGUAUUUUUUUCAUCUCGUACGAUUUGAACAGACACGCCUUAAUAUUAGUCAGAAACUGAGCGGAGAUCAGAAGAAUGUCCAUCACAAACACCCCAACGAGCAACGACGCCUGCCUCAGCAUUGUGCACAGUUUGAUGUGCCACAGACAAGGCGGCGAGAGCGAGGCAUUCUCCAAGAGAGCGAUCGAGAGCCUGGUGAAGAAGCUGAAAGAAAAGAAGGAUGAGUUGGACUCUCUCAUCACGGCUAUCACCACCAAUGGAGCGCAUCCCACCAAGUGCGUUACUAUACAACGCACUCUUGACGGCCGACUUCAGGUAGCUGGACGGAAAGGCUUUCCUCACGUGAUUUACGCUCGCCUCUGGCGCUGGCCAGAUCUUCACAAGAACGAGUUGAAGCAUGUGAAGUAUUGCCAGUAUGCCUUUGACCUGAAGACAGACAAUGUGUGUGUGAACCCCUAUCACUAUGAGCGAGUGGUGUCUCCCGGAAUUGAUCUCUCAUCAUUGACUCUAGGUUCUGGCCCCUCUGGGCUUAUAGUGAAGGAUGAGUAUGAUUAUGAGGGCCAGUUGUCCGUACCCAGCUCUGAGAGUCACCUCCAGACCAUCCAGCAUCCCCCGUCACGGCCUGUGACCCAGGAACCCUUCAGCACUCCGGCUCUCCUGCCUCCAGGCGAGGCCCCCAGCGCAGCCUCCACAUCCAGUGCCUUCUCCAGCAUCUCUGCAGGAUCUACAAACGCCACCCCCACCUGGAGCAGAAACAACAGCUUCAGCAGCCCCACCGUGCCCCAUCCCCAGAACGGCCACGUGCAGCACCACCCUCCCAUGCCCCACCCGGGCCACUACUGGCUGGUUCAGAAUGACAUUGCAUUUCAGCUCCCAAUAUCCAACCAUCCAGCUCCUGAAUACUGGUGCUCCAUAGCAUACUUUGAGAUGGACGUUCAGGUGGGAGAGACGUUUAAGGUGCCCUCUACCUGCCCUGUGGUGACGGUGGAUGGCUAUGUUGACCCCUCGGGAGGAGAUCGCUUCUGCCUGGGCCAGCUGAGCAACGUCCACCGCACAGAGGCCAUAGAAAGAGCCCGGCUGCACAUUGGCAAGGGCGUGCAGCUCGAGUGUAAAGGGGAAGGAGACGUGUGGGUGCGCUGCCUUAGCGACCACGCUGUCUUCGUGCAGAGCUACUACCUGGACAGGGAGGCUGGCCGAGCGCCGGGGGACGCCGUGCACAAGAUCUACCCCAGUGCCUACAUAAAGGUCUUUGACUUGCGGCAGUGCCACAGGCAGAUGCAGCAGCAGGCGGCCACGGCACAGGCAGCAGCGGCGGCGCAGGCGGCGGCCGUCGCGGGGAACAUUCCGGGCCCAGGCUCCGUGGGGGGCAUCGCUCCUGCCAUUAGUCUGUCUGCUGCAGCGGGCAUCGGUGUAGACGACCUGCGGCGCCUGUGCAUCCUGCGCAUGAGCUUCGUGAAGGGCUGGGGGCCCGACUACCCUCGCCAGAGCAUCAAGGAGACGCCCUGCUGGAUCGAGAUCCACCUGCACCGAGCCCUGCAGCUGCUGGACGAGGUGCUGCACACCAUGCCCAUCGCCGACCUCCAGCCUCUGGACUGACAGCCGCCCACCUCCCCAUCCCUCCUCUCCACAUCCGUUAGGCCACCAUCAGGUCCUUGACUAACUCCUCAGCUCCUCCAGAGACUGACUGACCCGUCAAACUGCGGGCUAACCUCCAGCUACGUAGUUAGUGGAGUUGAACAAAAACUUUAAAAUGUAAAGGGAUAACCACCAACAGCACUGUGAGCGAGCUAGAAGACAAACCGCUCAUUCAGAUCACUUGUUCUCAUUUGGGAAAGCAGGAACCCUGAGUAUUACAAUCAAAUGUAUUAUAUGCUUUUUUUUCUCUUUUUUUUUUAUACAAGAAGCCAGCUAUGGAGAAUUUUCAUCAUGAUGACUGUUUAUUUGGGUAUCUCUUCAUCUUCUUACAGAGGUUCUUUCACCUCUUCAUCUUUCGUCUGGACAUCCCUUAAAAAUGGCUCUUUUGAUGACCAGGGAGGGAGAAUUCACUUAUACCUAUAGAAAAGUCCUCUUAAGGUUUUACAGCGCUAAGAUGGCUUGGGAUUGCAUGGAAUUCUUUUUAAAUCUUGUUUGCAAAAAUGGAGGGAUAGUAGCUUCUGCCUGUGUAUCAGAGUUAUAACAGAAAUCAGAAGUGUGUGUGUGCGUGUGUGUGUGCAUGUUUUUACCAAAAUAAGGACA